AUGGUCCAAAUGAAAUCACACAAGCCCGAUAGCGUGCAUGUCGAGCAGCACCCCGAGUCGGACACCGCCUCUGGCCGUACCCAGCUCGGACCUGACGGCGUGGCGGAGAAGGCGCUCGACCCGACCACCGCCUCUUCUGGCGGAGAUAUCGGUGGAGCCUGGCUUGCCCAGUAUGAUGGCCACAGACCGGAAUUGACAGAGGAGAGCAACCGGAUCAUGUCUCGCCGUAUCGACAUGUCCCUCCUUCCCAUCAUCUUUGCCAUCUACUUUUGCCAGCAGCUUGACAAGUCGUCAAUAUCAUUUGCCGCUGUCUUUGGUUUCCAGGCCGACGCAGGACUACAGGGCUCGGAGUACUCGUGGCUAUCCUCCAUCAUCUACUUUGCCCAGCUCGUCUUCCAGCCCUUAUCUGUAUACGCCCUCGUCAAGUUCCCGGUCAACUACUGGAUCUGCUUUUGCUUCUUUGGAUGGGGCAUCAGCUGCAUGAUCCUGGCUGCCUUCAAGAGCUUCCCCGGAUUGUUGGUGUUCAGGUUCAUCCUCGGCGCUUUCGAGGCUUCAAUCAGCCCCUCGAUGUUGAUUAUCGUCAGUAUGUGGUGGACCCGGCGAGAGCAACCUCUGAGAAACAACAUCUGGUACUCGGCCAACGGUAUCGCUCUUAUCCUUGGUUCGCUCUUGGCCUACGGCCUCGCCAACUGGUCGACCAGCCUCUAUACCUACCAACUCAUCUUCAUCUUCUCGGGCGCGAUCGCUGUACUGAUAGCCAUUCCGACCGUCUUUUUCCUUCCUGCGCACCCCACUACCGCCCGAUUCCUCUCACCCGAGCAGAAGUAUCUCGCCCUGGAGCGAGUCAGGCUCAACAACACAGGCACGCAAAACACCCACUUUGACUGGUCCCAAGUUAGAGAGUGCUUUACCGAUCUCAAGACAUGGGGCUUCGUCGUCAUGAUCUUCUGCGUCUCAUUCGUCUCUGGCGGGAUCAGCGCCUUCGGACCUCUCAUUCUCCAAGGCUUCGGUCUCGGUCCCUUCCAGACCAUCCUCUACAACAUGAUCCCGGGUGCCAUCGCCAUCGUUGCCAACAUUCUCGCCGCCUUUGCCGUCCAGACAUCCAAGCGGAAAUCACCCAUCAUCCUCAUCAUCCUGAUAUUCCCCGUCGCUGCCGCUGCCGCGCUCUACGCCCUUCCCCGAGGCCCCGAGUGGACCCAGCGUCUCCUGGCCGUUUAUUUCAUUCUCCAAAUCUUCCAGCCCAUUACUCCCAUCAUCUUCUCAUGGGCAUUCGCCAACACGGCGGGUCACACGAAAAAGACAGCCACUACGGGCGCUUUAUAUAUCGGUCUGUGUGUCGGUAACAUUGUCGGGCCACAGCUGUACAUGCAGACUGAACGUCCGUACUACCGCACCGGUUUGACAGCAAACCUCGUCGUCCUGUGCGUGCUCUUUGGCGUUGUCAUCCUCCAAGCCCUCUACCUCGCAUAUCUCAACAAGCGCAACAACAAGCGCCGUCUCGCCUCGGGCAAGACCGGCAGAAACAUCGACUACUCGCUCGAGAACUCCAGUAACUGGGCGAGUAUGCGGGCCGCCGAGGCGGAAAGGAACCUUGCGGACGGUGGCGCAGCGGGUGAAGUGUAUAACGCGAAUGCCUUUGCGGAUCUGACGGAUCUCAAGAACGAGGACUUCGUCUAUUCGUUGUAG